AUGGGGACUGGGCACCUGGCGCCUCCACCGGGGUCAGAAGAGGGACCCCUGCAGACGUCUCGCAUCCCCGAGGUUCCUGUCUCCCUCCUCCGGGAAGGCCUCGCCGGACCGAGCCCGUUUUGGGGGAGCACGCACCCACACAGGUGUCCCAUUCUCUCCACAGGGCACGCCACCAUCACCAACUACUUGUUGAGCUAUUUCCCCGGGCUUGACCUGGAGCGGAGGAACGUGUUCGGGUUCACGGCCCUGAUGAAGGCCGCCAUGCAGGGCCGCACAGACUGCGUCCGGGCCCUCAUGCUGGCAGGGGCAGAUGUGCACGCGAGGGACCCCCGCCGCGGGAUGUCGUCCCAGGAGUGGGCCACGUACACGGGCCGGGUGGAGGCCGUCCGCCUCAUGCAGAGGCUGCUGGAGCGCCCCUGCCCGGAGCAGUUCGGGGAAAAGUACAAGCCGGAGCUGCCGCUGCCCCCCGAGACGGCGGUGAAGCCCGCGGGCUCCAAAAACUGCUUGCAGAGGCUCACGGAGUUCGUGCGGUCCGCGCUGACCUCCCGCUCCAGCCAGGGCCUGGAGGAUGGGGGCGUCCUUGACCACAUGGUCCGCAUGACCACGAGCCUCUACAGCCCCGCCGUGGCCAUCGUCUGCCAGACCGUGUGCCCCGAGAGCCCCCCCUGCGUGGGGAAAAGGCGACUGGCGGUGCAGGAGAUCCUGGCGGCCCGCGCGGAGCAGGACACGCGAGCCCCGGAGAGGGGCAAGGCGGAGGGCCGGGAGCGGGAGUUCCGGACCUCGCCGGGAGGGGCGGCCUCCAGCGCGGGGGUCCCCGGAGCCAGCCUCCCGCCUGCGCCCCAGCCCGGGGCCCGGGGCGCCGCGCCCGCGUCGCGGAAGGCCAGCCUGCUGCCCCUGCAGCUGCUGAGGCGGAGCAGCGUGCGGCCGGGCGUCGUGGUCCCCCGGGUCCGCAUCACCAAGGCGCCGGCGCCCACCUUCCAGCCCGAGCGGCCGGCCCGGAAGGCCAGCACCAAGGACAGCGCCCACCUGCAGAUCCCCAAGUGGCGGUACAAGGAGGCCAAGGAGGAGAAGAGGAAGGCGGAGGAGGCGGAGAAGAAGCGCCUGGCCGAGGCGCAGAAGGAACGGCGCGCGUCGCGCUGGAGGAAGAGGACGUGAGGGUCCCGCCGGGCGGGGGACAGAAGGCUGCGGGCGCAGAGCCCGGGCGGCGCGGGGCGGCGCGGGGACA